CGAAGUUAUUGCUUUCUUGCAGCAGCCUCUCUUCUCUUUGACCAGCCAAUUGUCGAGGAAACAGACACAUCACAGCAAUGGCUAGCAGGCACAUCUUUGCUCCUUCGUGGGCAUACCGUCUCUCGGCCGCAAUCAUGCCCCGUCUUGCGCUGCCACUUCCCUCGCUAUCCGCACCUCUCACUCCUCCUAUCACGAUCCGUAUCCCGCUGCCGACACUACCGUCGCCGUCCGACUUUGGCUUCGGCAGUCCGUUUGGAGGAAUUGUGUUUGCGGUGCCCAAGAGUAAGACGUCGCUCCGUAAGCGCCGCAUGCGCCGUUUGAUUCCCGGCGACAAGAAAGUCAAGCCGGUCGAGAGCUUGACUGCGUGCCCUGGUUGUGGACGGGUUAAGCGUAUGCACACGGUCUGCACUCCGUGCCACGACGACAUUCGCGAAGUCUGGCGGGCUGAGAGCGGUAAGACGACAAAGGGCACGCCGGAGGAGAAGCCGCCGACACCGGAGUCUAUCGAUCCCGAUUUCAUCGAAAUGCUCAACAAGAAGCACACCAAGAUUCCCAACAGGAAGCCGUACCUCGAAGCACUCUCGAGAGAAGAAAACAGCCUGAAGAGGCCGCCAACGAUGGAUUACCAGGACUUCAAAGCGGACCGAAAGCUACCAAAGUUCUGAGGAGAAUAUGGUAUAUAAGAUAGUUGAGUUUACAGCCAUAGACUCCUGGGGCCUUCUCAAAUUGUAUAUAUGUGGACGUUGUUUUCUUUAGGAGCCUACUACAUGUUCUUGUUUGUGGGCUGUUGAAUGAGUGUGGAAUACAUGAUAAUCAGUUACUCUUUUGGUAUAUACAAUUAGUAUAAUCUGAGCUUUCCGGACUAUGCCCGAACUACGUGAACUCGAAGAAGAUUAACUGACUAUUAAAACAAAGCACAAUGUGCCAAACACUCCUAAGGUAUAAUGACAGAUAAGAUAAACAAGACAGAAUAAAUUAAAAGU